UACAUUCAACUAUAUUAAUAUUAACUUAUUAUUAGUUUUAAUAAUAACUUCUGAGAAAACAACAUAUAUGUGUUGUAAUAGUUCUGCAAAGAGUGCAGCUCAUAUCGCAGAGUGUACGCAAGUUGCUACUUCAUAAUCUAUAUAACAGUACUCCACUUAAAAAGAUAGUAGUAGAGAAGUAUACAAAUAAGAAAACGGAACGAUUUGAUUAUCGUUUAUUAUGUUAAUAACAGUUAUUCCGACUCGUUAGAAAUUAACUUCCGCCUCUCGAAGAGCGUCUGCUCUUCUGUUUGUAUUGGCGCUCCGUUAUGACGUAAGAUGCCGAAGUCACUCACGAUUGUAUACACAGCUGUAUGAAAGAUUAUAAUUGGGGCAGUGUGGUGGUACAAGAAAAUUUACGUCUCUCUCUAUGUGAAUGAUAGUUUAUUACUAUUAUUAUCAUUAUUAUUGUUACGAUAUAAUAAAGUUGGUGCGGACCUAUGUAAGUGAACCUGUGGACUCCAACAGUAAAAGUGGUAGCUUCGUUUAAACUGUGGACUGGAGCAGGAUUAUUUUGGUAGGUGGGAGGAAUAAACCAGGACAUCUUUUCAUUCCGUAUCGUUUAGUUACACGUCUGUAAACUGUCAAGAGCGAAUAAUGGGCAAAAAUGAUAUAAGAAUGCUCAGUUGAGUAUCUAAAUGUGUUUAGCUAUUUCGUCUUGACUUCUGGUAUGAAUGUUUAGAACUUGUUGGGUCCAUGAUUGGCAAGGACAAUCAGUCUCAUUCUAUCUGUGGCUAAAAUAUGCGAUCGCAAAUGUUGGGGGCCACAGAUGGUCACUAGUACGCCGAAGUUUUAUUGACUUGAUAAUCGGGCUCAGGAGCAAAAAGAUAACCUAUAGCAGGUCUUUCAUGUUCAUACAUUUUAACAUAUUUCAAUAAAUGGUUAUGAAGAAAUUGAACCAUAUUAGCAUUGUCUCGCCCUGUCUUUUUACCUGUUUCUUAUUCUAUCGGACCGUGUCAUUAUUAUGUUUUAUUUAAUUAACAUUGUGGUUAGUUAAAUCAGUUGAUUUACCUCUAAUUGCAAAUAAGCCUCUGCUGUUGAAUUUGUUUAGCUUGCUCGCUUGCCAUGUUAAGAUCAAACCUUUAAAUGCGGUCGAUGUAUUUCAUAAAAUCUAUUUAUUAAAAACUAUAAUAAAUAUACUAUAAAUAAGUGAGGCUCCGUCUAUAGCCGUUGAUAAGUACAGCAAAUUAUUGUUUGAGCUAAGGAAUCAACAGUUGAUACGCUACUGAAACAGCUCUGUCUAAAACAGUGAAGACGGUAGAUUCAUUUGGGCUUCAGUAUCAUAAAAGGGACCUUAAUGUCAGUAAAAAAAGCGAGCUGUUUUCAAUACUGGACACCGAUUAAUAUGGGGUAAAAUUCACUUCUGUUGGAUUGAGAUGAAUUACCGGCGAGAUAGUUCUUAUUUAGUUUUUAAGGCUAUAAUGUCCAUAUAUAGGAAUCUAUACAAAUGUAUUCGCUCACUAUAUUGUAAAUUGCAUAUAAAAUAAAAAACCCAAAUGCUUAGUUCUUUAGUAUGGAACUGGAGCACACAGUGAAGAACCGUGCCUCUCAGAGACCACCGUAAUUGUCCACGGUUUAAAUUCUGUGACAAAUCCUCAUAUUUCUAUUGUGCGUGACGACGGGGUUAGGGGCUAUAUCUUUGGAAUGAAUAAUGGUUCUAGUUAAGUUUUGUUCCGUCAGACGGCGGAUGGCCUAGCCGAGAACUUAGAGGCCAUGUCUCUGUUUUAUCGAGCUGUGCAUUGGGAUGGAAUCGGAGCAUCGGCCAAUGGCGAAUGGUGGUGCGACGUGUUUGGUCCGUACGAUAUUCCGUUAGAUCCAAUGACGCAUCCGUCCACAGAGGCUUCCUCACACAGAGGAGUUGGCCCCUUUUUGAUGCGACUGCAGAAGGGUACGCAAGGUCAUUUUAUGCUAGCAUGCAUCCGAUGUCACCGAAAGAAGAACCCCUGCAGGGUGUACGCAGUGCUUAACCUUGAUGGAAGCUUUGUACGAAGGCGGCAUCUACAUAAUCACCUGCCCGAAGCACAACUUCCUACACCACUAUCAGGGCAUAUGCAGUUACCUGCUCCGCCAACCUUCGAGGAGGUGGUUUCCAUUGUGCUACCACCUAUAAGUCGAGGUCCGCGCCAGGACGUGUUGGAAGAUUUCGAUACGAAACUAUCAACUUGGGACCCGAAUACCCAACAAAUGGUCGAAACCCAAAUCACAUUGGAAAACAGUGGGAAUAUUGCAAAAGGUGCCCGGAUUGAGAUUAUCGAUGGCAAGAAAGUCUUCUACUGCCCGGUGCCAACGUGCAAUUACACCUUCGGGAACACGCAAGCGGUUCAUAUUCACAUGAGCGUUCAUGUCAGAGGUCGGCGAAUGGCCAGUGUACAAGCGAGCGAAAGGUUGUGCCCGUUAUGCCGCAUCGAUAUGGGCAGUCACGAGAUUCUAGUUAGGCAUAUCGUUGACGACCAUGAUACUCGGCUUGAGUGCACAGAGCAUGAAUUCGAAACGAUGGACGACUUCAAAAAUUGGAAGUCGCGCACAGAGCAGGAAGAUAUGGCAACGUUCACAAAUAUCGGGCAUCGGCGAAGCGGCGUGUACAAUUGCUGUCGCACAGGACGCAAAUUGACACAGGAUGAGUACAGUAUGCACACGGCCUACCGAAAACGACUCGGUGUAGAAUGUCCAGCGGCCAUGUUUGUCACGGAAGUUGGUAACAGAGUCAGUGUGAUCUAUUGGCGUACACACAUUGGUCACACUCCGAAUAUUCUUGACGUCAAAGUGUCGGAUGAACAACGCCACUUUAUCAUGGAGUUGCUUAAAAAGGGCUAUAAGCGACGGGCGAUCGUCGCAGAAGCUGCCAAAAAAUAUUUUGGUCAACCGCUGAGUCGAAGUUUCAUCCUCGACCUUAAAACACUUAACCAGCUGUGCAAUGUGCAUAGGAAGUUCAGUGAUAAACGCUGUACGAUCGACGUGCCUUAUAUGUCGGAAAAGGGCUACAACAGUGACUAUCUACGGGUGCGUCUAGUGCGCAGAGUUCGUGAAUGCCUGGAAUUAUUGGCUCAGCCUGAUGACGAGAGUCACCGAACGGCGGAAUCAGAGCGAGUCAAACAUAAGAUUGAUGCAGAGUUUAGUCAUGUGGUAAGGCAUGAAGUCACGGGCCAUGUGCAUGUUUAUCGGCGAACGCUACAAUCAGACGGAGCCGAAAGUAACGUCGUCUUUCCGAGAAAAGCUCCACAUGAAAGCUGCGAAAAACGCUGCGAGGACUGCCGAGUGUGCGUACAUAGAUAUGGCUGCACUUGUAAGAAGUUUAUGCUCGAGGAUCAUAUGUGUCCACACGUCCAUCUGGUGGCGAGCAAGGAGGGAAGCCCUGGACCGUCGUGGGUAGAUCCAACUCUUCAGGAGGACACUGUUGGACUGCAAGAGGCCUUGCGACGAUUACAGCGUGUCAAUCAUCGAGAACGCCUUAAGACACUUCGGCCUCGUAUUGAUGAGGUGAUAACUCUUCUCCAGGGGGAGCUAAAUGUCAAUCUAGAUCAAUUGGAUGAGUUUUUAAGUAGCGGUCUAAUGCUUCUACGAACAUCUCGUCCACGGCAACCGACUAGAGAUGAUGAGGCCGGGGAAACUCAGCCUUUAGCACCAAAAGAGCUAUUUCGCUUGGUGCGAGAUCGCCACCCCGAUUAUACGGCCUUACAGUUCACAGAUAUGCCCCAAAAGUGGAAGUCGGGCACGAUCAAUGUCGACAAAAUGUUGGCCUUAGCUGAUGAACGGGUUGCAGCAAUAAACUCUGAGGACCAACAGGAAGCCUGCAGGAACGAAGUAUGGGAUUUUCCUAUGGACGAAGUGCAUAUCAAAAUUGAGCCAUUGAGUCAAACAAAAGCAGUGGCCAUUAAGACAAGCGCAAAAUAUGGUGGACUUAUUCAUGAUUGCCACGGUCAUCUUAAUUCCGACGGUCUAACGAAGGGAAUGGUUAAACGAGCAAGACGUAGUUUCCAAUACCGUGUCAACAAUGAAAAGAUAAAUCCGCAGCCAGCCAUUAAUCCAGCUCUAAAAAGCGACUCGCUAAAACGCAAUAGCGAACAGCUGAAACGGCUGAAAAAAGCCAAACAAAUUCUGGCCACUAAAGGCCCAAAAUCAGAACGUUCUCCAGGGUCUACACUAAUGUCAAGACUAUCAACUAAGGCUCGUCGGCGCUGGGGACUACGGCGAGCCCCGUGGAUCGAGCUACCUAAUUCUGCACCUUUGUUAUCAGAGCAGUCGACCGGUACUUUAAUCGUAUCUCAGUCGCCACCUCAAGUCAUUAAUAUACUAUAUUCUCGAUGGCCCGGAUCUUUCCAGAUUUCUCUCCGGAUUCUCGAAGGUUUCAAAGGAUUCAAACGGCCCAAGCGCGGUAGGGCUACGAAGCCGGCUUCCACUUCAGUAGUUAGGAUUGUCGAACGACAGGUGGUGAGUAGUGGAUGAUCUAGACACCAGAAUGUGCGAAAGAGAACACACGAACUACGAAAAGAAGACACAUAUAUAGGAUAAUCCCAAACGUCAGCAGAAAGUGGCACCGAGGAAUCGAAGAAUAGUCGGAAUCUGAGGAAGUAGAUCGGUGGUCAAGUGGGCCGAUUCAGUCAUGCUGCUCGGGACGCUCGGUUCAGAACAGCUGAAUUUUACAUCAGCCUACGCUUGUAAGAACUGCGGCGUUAUUUGUGCGUAUGGAAACGGUUGGAAAAACCUGCUUGUACCCGUGAUGGUGCAGUGUUGAGAUAUUCGCUUAUGAAUUUUAAAAAUAUAGGACGAUGUCUUAAUUCUAAGUUCGAGACCGGGAAUUGACACAGCUCUUUAUCUGAGCAAUAAAGAAAGGCUAUAGAUCUAAUAUAGCUCCAUUUGUUAACUAUUUUCAAAUUGUUCAUUUAGGGCCCUCCUAUUUUGACAAUUACGGAACCAGUGGUGGGGAAAGUUACUGUUUUUGAAUUUGCCGAGCCGUGUGUAGCAAACGGCCUACAUACAUAUUGUCUGCUACAUGAAAAACGUGUUUUUUAGAAUACCUGAGGGAUGUGCCCUACGAGCGAGGCUUUUGAGACUAUGACGCGGUUUGGGUUCAAACCCGACAGACAUACGUUAUUUUGUGGAGGUCCAGCGAAAUCACUGCAGUUCUGGAAAAAAAAAAACUCAAAAACUUUUACAAGUUUCAUGUUGUAUUAACUACACAGGAUAUCAGACGACGAAUACAAACCUGUAUGGAUACCUAUGACGACUGCAAGCAAACGCUACAAGUCAAAUUUUACAAUCCGUACAAUAAUUAGUGUUACUUUACAUGUGACUUUACAAAAUUGUGUUACUUUAGACUAACGUAUUUUAAAAAUAGGAACUUAUGCAAAUUUUUAAAAGAAACAACUUCACGGUUAGCUUAGAAGAAAAUAUGAGAUCUACUGUGCCUCCUAAAAAUUAUUACGAGCAACCCAAAUUAAUUUUUACUAUAGUAGAAAAUGAUUGGAAAGAUUGCUUGAAGAGCUACAUUUUAGAAAACAGCGUUAUCCAGCAGCACCUGGGGUUCCAAAAUAAAUGGAGGAGAUUCCGUAAGGAAGUGCAGAUUUUCAAAGCAGAUUCAAGCCCUAUAUUGACCUUGACGCUAUAGUUAUGAUUUUGAUGAAGAAACGAUUGAAAGGUGUCGCGCCUAAUUUCUUUAAGCGACCAAUUGCAGUGUGUUUCUGCGUGUAUUUCAGAUCGAUUAAUCAGCAGCCAGCGAACCGGCCGCUGACAAGCAGGCGCUACUUUAUGUGACAUGACGGUAUUUAUUUAAAGCACUGGUGUGUAGCGAGAUUCCUUUGAGGUCCGUCGUUCGGUCUAAUAAAACGAAGCUACCCCGAAGCAACUACUUGGGGAAAGGAUUUUCGUCAAAAACUUAUCUGCCAGGUCUGCGGUGUGACUGAUGAGAACCAUGGCAGCAAUUUGAAGGACGAAAGCAAAAAAAAACGAUGGAAAUAUCUGUCCAGCCGUUGCCUAUACUUGAGAAAGUGCAACACCGUAUCGCAGGUACCAGUCUCUGGCGCAGGCGCAGUCCAAGAGCACAAGUAAAAAUAGUUAACUGAAGUUAAAAUUAGUUAAAAUUUCGGAUGACAUUUGUAGGUCAUCACGGACCGCCAUAACAAAAAAAACAUUGUGAAAGUGCUUGUUUGAAUGCUUGGCUUACAACCUAUGCCUAUUACACUAUUACAGUUCGUCAGCAAGAACUACAUGGAACAGCAGCACAAAUUACUAUUUAUGAAUACAUAAAUUUACGCACACCAUCAAGCCAAAGAUAGCAUUCACCGUUAUUAGGGAUAUAGACCAGCUCAUGGACAGAUCGGACAGCUGCUGAGCUUUGCAAGGGACUCUCAACUAUGGCUGCGUAGAAACGGACAAUACGUUUGUGAUUUGUGUCAAAAAAGUCUAACACAUUGAGUCAAUGGU